AUGGAAAAUAAUCGCCACCGGGGUGUGCCGUCGGAGUUCUUCGACCCUAUGGAACGGACUGCGAAGGGUGUGCCGCCACGGGGAUCUUCUUCAACGGGGAACCUGGAGGCUGGCACGACUGAAGGAAGCAAAAGAGUUUGGUUGUGUAGGCUAGAGUAUGGCACGUUAGGGUUUGGGAGGGGAAGGCACUUUUCUGCUGAAGAUAACAAAGCUAUUCUCAAUCUCAAAGACUUGGACCCCUCUCAAGAAGACAAGCUGCACUGGAUGUAUGAAAAGACAGGUUUUUUAUCUGUAGCCUCAGUUUACUCAAAGCUGAUAGAGAAGAAGUGGAGAAAUAUGGACAUUGUUGAAUCUAGCAGAAAUCACAUUGCUGAGAAAGCUAUGAGAACUAGAAGCUGGAGCCUCAUAGUCAAAGAGAAAAUCAGACAUUUUACAUGGAGGUGUGUGGAGAAUCUGCAAGCUGUCCUCAUUAAUUUGGUCGAAAAGAACUUAGCUUCUGAUCCAAAAUCUGAUGGUACUACUCUUGACAAUCUCAACUUCAAAGGUUGGUGGGCAAAGCUUUGCUCCAUCAAGAAAUCUCCCUGUGCUAAUGAUAGACUCAACCUCACUGCUUACAUUCUAUCGGUUAUCUGGAAAUCUAGGAAUUUGAUCUACUUCCAGUACACAUGA